UUUAAGGCAGGUAGACAACAUCCUGUUGUUCCGGUGCUCCUUUCUCUUUUUUGCACAUCUGGCUAAACCGGGAGUCAGGUUUACUGACUCCUGCCUGGUAGCAGCAGUAGCAGCAGCAGUAGCAGCUGCAGCAGCAGCGGCGGCGGCGGCGGCGGCGGCGGCGGCGGCCACAUCUUUCUCCUGGUCCACACCUUGGCCUGUCCAAGAGUCCAUCAGGCCAUGGACGCAAUGCCUGUGUAUCAUGGCAAAAUCAGCCGGGAGACAGGGGAGAAGCUACUGCUUGCCACUGGUCUGGACGGCAGCUAUUUGCUGAGGGACAGUGAGAGUGUCCCAGGCGUGUACUGCCUGUGUGUACUGUAUCAAGGUUACAUUUAUACAUACCGAGUGUCCCAGACAGAAACAGGUUCUUGGAGUGCUGAGACAGCACCUGGGGUUCAUAAAAGAUUUUUCCGGAAAAUAAAAAAUCUCAUUUCAGCAUUUCAGAAGCCAGAUCAAGGUAUUGUAAUACCACUGCAGUAUCCAGUUGAGAAGUCCUCAAGUAGAAGUACACAAGGUACUACAGGGAGAAGAGGAGAUCCUGGUGUCUUCCUGAAAGCACCGUGAAGAAAAAUAAAACCCCUUGUACUUUAUUUUCAAUAAUUUAAAUAUAUGCUGUUUUAUAUACAGUAGAUAAUACAGUUCAGUGAGCUACAAAUGCAUUUCUAGUACCAUCUUAGCCCUGCAAUAAAAGCAUCUAACAUGAUGUUAAAGCAGAAAUGGACUUUCUGGAUAAUGAGGAGCUUUGAAAUGAGGAUUGGGAAAAAGUCAUUCCACAGCUUAUUUUCAGUUAUUUUUAUUUGCAAAUGGAAAACGAUUGAAAACAUGAUACUUUACAAAAGAUUAGUGUUAAUUCUUGGCUAAUAUAAAUAAAAACAAUCCUCAGUUUUUCUCAAAAGCACCAUUUCUAGUGAAAUAUUAUUUGAUACCUCCUGACUUUGAAAUAUCUUGUUUAAUUACAUGGCAGGCAGCUGGUCCGUGCCCCUCUUCUUUGUCAUGUGCGGUUCUGCAUUUGACAUUCUGCUCUCCCCCGGCUAUCGUGUUGUAGGCUCCUUUGGGAUUUAUGAAGCUGUCCACUGUGGGCUAAAACAAGUACUAGAUAAAGAGUGAACAAUUUCUGUUUAAUUCUGAAAGCUACCUUUUUGCCUAGUGCUCUGAUGUUGGAGAGUAAAACCCACAGAUCAAUCCGGAGUUUAAAAACCCCAUAAUUUAAGAUAUGUCCUAAAUGUUUAUUACAGUUGAUGCCACAGGAUUUGAAAUUAUAUUGCGAAUCUGAUGAAGUGGACUUGCCUUCAUUUACCUGUGUCAGCCCCCAGUUGUUGCUACUUCAUGUCAAACCUCAUUUUGAAGGGGAAGCUUCAGCAGCUGCGGCUCCUCAGCUGAGGCAGUCUCCCCAUUAGGUAGCCCUACAGACCAGUGGAAAGCUUAUGGUUGUGUUAAUUGUUAACAAUCCCAAGUGACUGCAACCUAAGUGAGAGCCAAGAUUUUAUGCAAUGGUGGGGAUUUGUAGUUUCUUUUCACAUUUUAUGUUUCUGUGACUUGUGAUUUGAUUAUGUCAGGUUGCUUAAGGGCUCAGAGAAUUCAUUCACUGAACAAACGCAAUAGGCACUGGGGUAGAGAAGUAAACUUUCACUUGGUCCCUGCACUCAGGCAGCUCAUUAUCUAGCUGGACAAGAAACAGUAAAAGACAAGAGAAAGUAAGAAUAAGACAAUAAGAAACUAACAAUAAAAGGCGGUAAGUACAUGGCAAGUGAGGUUCCUGGUGUGUAGAUACAUCUGUCUUUAGAGGCUUGAGUCCAUGGUUCAGAGGAAAGGACUACGUGUCAUUAUAAACUAAUAAACUGGAAUUCUGAGCUGUUCAUCGGUGGUGGUGAGCCUGGUUAAUAAUUAGUGAGCUGCCAAGGGCCAGAGUUACUCUCCAUGAGCUGGCAGGGGGCUGAUUUCUGAGCAUUUACUGUAGAUGCUACAGAAGUGCAAUAUGUAUUGUGGACCAUUUACCUGUUGUAGAAGUAAAAGCCUCACUUGUAACUUGUAAAGGAAUUCAGAAAGCUGAUUUUCAAAGUAAAAUGCAUAUGUUUAGAUACUUCUUAAUCAUUUGUAGCGUGGGUUUAAGUAUUAAUAGGUGUAACUAUUUUUUUACUGUAAUUUGUUCAUUCUGGAAUAAUCCUAAAUAUAUGAAUUAUAUUUGCUUGUCUCUUAAUCAGAUCCUUUUUUACACUUUUUUGGAAUCAUUAAUGGUCUUUCAUGUUUUAAUAAAGUAUCUGAAAGCUUCAUUUAC